AUGGCGACGACGGCCACGGGGUACGGCUGCUCGGCGGCGCUGUCGUUCCCGGGGAGGGGGAGCCCCUUCGCCGGUCGCUCGCCCCCGUCCCGCGCUUGCCGCACCUCCUCCAAUCCCAAGCUCCGGACUCCCGCUCCUAGGCAGGAAGCUAGUUUUGAUAUAAAGCUGCCUAGAAGAAGCUUGCUUGUUCAGUUUACAUGUAAUAAAUGUGACGCAAGGACAAAACGUUUGAUAAACAGGGUGGCCUAUGAAAGAGGAACAGUUUUUCUUCAGUGCGCAGGGUGCCAAGUGUAUCACAAGUUUGUUGACAAUCUUGGUCUAAUUGUCGAGUAUGACCUACGAGAAGAAAAUGGGGUGAACACUUGUACUGAAGACUGA